UGCUGGAUUGUGGGCUGGGUUCGGCGGGGUCCCGAUUCCCGCUUCAUGUGCCAGGGAUUGUUGGCCUCGGUCCAUUUAUUUGCUUGCGUUGAGUGAGUGGUCGCAGCAGGAGUUUUCAGCAUCAUCUGGUGACCAGCUUCAGUAACCAGGUGCUCUUGAACCAAGAGUCCAAGACAGUCCAUCAAGACUAGCCACAGCAGAAGACAUGCCAAAGAGCAAUAAGGAAUGGGCAUGGCGCAUCACUUUUGAUGUUGCAUGUCUGCUCAUAGUGGCCGCCCCCCUCCUGGUCUUCUACUAUGCCGUCGAGCCGUUCCAGCGCGGCUUUUUCUGUGACGACGAGUCGAUUAGGCACCCGUACAAAGCGGACACGGUGUCCACUGUGGCAUGCUAUAUCGUGGCUGUUACGCUGUCGGUGAUCAUGAUGUCUAUCGUUGAGUACUUCCAUUGCAAGCACUGCCACCGCCAGAAGACCAUGCAGGUGUGCUGCCUGCGCGUGCACCCCUGGUUCUGGGCCAUCUACUCGAUGGUGGGCGUGUUCGCGUUCGGCGCCGCCUGCUCCCAGCUGGCGACAGACAUCGGGAAGUACACGAUCGGGCGGCUGCGCCCGCACUUCAUCACCGUCUGCCAGCCGGACUUCAACAAGAUCAACUGUUCGGGACACGCGUUCAUAGAGGACUUCGAGUGUUUGGGAGACAACGUGAAGGCGAUCAGGGAGGCAAGGCUUUCGUUCCCGUCCGGCCACGCUUCGUUCUCGUUCUACACCAUGGUGUACCUGGCGCUGUACCUGCAGGCGCGCCUCACGUGGCGCGCCACCAAGCUGCUGCGGCCGUUCCUGCAGUUCAUCUGCGUGAUGCUGUGCUGGUACACGGCGCUCAGCCGCGUCUCCGACUACAAGCACCACCCGACCGACGUGCUGGGCGGCGCCGUGCUCGGCACCGUCGUCGCCGUGGUCGUGGCCGUCUACGUGUCCGGCAUGUUCAAGAAGCGCUGCGCGGCGGCCGACGUCCAGCCUCCUUCCCGGCAGAACACUAUCGACAACACCGACAUACCGUAGCGACCGGGCCGGGCCGGGCCGUGUCGGGUCGGGUCGGCCCAGGCCCGUGUCCCCAGACGCUCUGCUUGUUAUCUUCCGCGGCGGAGGCGCUCGUGGGCCGCGGCUCUCAUUGGAUUGGCGUGAUGGCGAAAUGGUGCUCGUAUUGGGCGGUUUUGUGUGACGAGGCGUGAACAGCGAUGUUGGGCUGCCGCUAAAGAAAUAAGUAGACUAUCAUCUAGUUCAAACAAGCGGCGUCAUGCAUGAAAGCGCUCAUGCCUUGUUCUAUGCAAACGCACAGCAGGAGAUAGUGGAUUGUGCCUCACGUUUUUCUCCGUAGGUCUGCCAUCUAGAAUUUGUCUUGAUAUGGGUUCGUCGCUUGCGGUGCGAAUGCUCAUACGAGUCGAACUAAAAGCGUGCAUCGUUUUUUUUUGGGGGGGGGGGUGGGAGGUUGAUCCAAAUCUUUCGAAUGGAUGGACAACUGGGAUUAGAGUUCACGUUAAGCAGUGCUUGUGUGAGGCUUGACCCCUACCGUCAGAUCGCGAAAAUUCCAGGUAAACGGCAGGAUUUGGUGGCGCAAGUUAAGCUAGCUGCAGCGCCCGGCAAGGUUCGUGCUGCCCUCUGACGUCACCCGACCGGCCGCCGCAGCGGCCUUCGUUCACACUUUUUUGUGAUGAAGCUAGGUCCAUGUUGUGUAUCCGUCAUGCGAUGAACUGGCAAGAUAUUUGCGAGCAGUCGUCGGUAGUGUUUUUUUAUGAUCGGCAGUCCGGUGAUGUUAUGUGUAAAAAGGUCUACCGCACAUAUUAACUAGAAUGUUCAUCCGAUACAUUCUGCAUUUCAGCGUGCAGUCCAAUUCUGAUAGCAUGGAAUGAAUUAUGUGUAGAUGCAUUGCUAAAACAUGAGCGCUGCAUGAUUUUGUCCAAAGCUGAAGGGAUUUGUUUUUAAUUAUUCCAAUAUCGUACAAAGCGACAUGUCACGGCUGCGAUGCGUCUUAUCUACCCCCAAAACGGUGCACUGUCUCCUAACCAAACAGUGUUUUGCGUAGUUGAAGUUCAAGCCCAAAAACGAUAGCCGGCAUCUUGCUUAUGACAUCUUGUCGAUAUACCUCGCCAUUCCUCGGAAUGUAUCUCUGUGGCGUAAAUGCGGGAGACGAAAAAAUGUUCUAGCCCGUGAGAGCCGAAUUUUGGACACGCGUCAUGAGCAGUGGUGAGAACCACGACCGUACUUGUUUGUGCUGGUGGCCGUAUCAGUCACAAGCGGCCGAUACUGCGCCACGUCACAGGCUCGGUCGGCCUGACCACCGUGACGUCACGGGUAGACCCGUAGUACCGUGGUGCGCGCGUGGCGAACUGCGGUGACGUUUACGUAUACUGUAGAGGUGGCGGCUGGUCACGGGUUCCGAGUGCCGGGCACGUCGAAGUCCAUGUGCGAUUGUCCGACCGGCUG